UUAAAACCAUUUCAGAAAAAACCACACCCAAAAAAAAAAUCCCAAAGCGCUGGAGAACAACCCAGCGCGUGAGGUCCUCCGACCUCCGCACGCCGCCGGGGAAUCGGCUCCGCCGGCCGUGCCACGCGAGGUCUUCCCCUUCCCCACCAUGUCCGAUCCCCACGCGACGUCCUUUCCCUUGGCGCGCGCUCCCCACGCGCCGCCGCCGCUGUACAAGCAGCGAUCGUGGUCGCCGGACGCGUACCGCGAGGAGGCGUGGCUCCGGAGGAAGAAGAGCAACGGCGGCGGCGCCGGCGGGAAGAAGUCGAGGCAGCGGAGCAAGAGCGUGACGGACGAGGACCUCGACGAGCUCAAGGGUUGCAUCGAGCUCGGCUUCGGCUUCGACUCGCCGGAGCCAGCCGAUCAGCGCCUCUCCGACACCUUGCCGGCCUUGGAACUCUACUACGCCGUCAACAAGCACUACAACGACUCUCUCAAUCUCUCCAAACCGGCUCUCAAUACGACGUCGUCUUCCUCUACCGCCACGUCGGACUGCGACACCCCCUCUCCUUUGGGCAGCCCCCAUACCAUGUUCUGUCCCGGAGAUACACCACAAACGGUGAAGACGAGGCUGAGGCAGUGGGCACAGGUGGUUGCUUGUUCGGUGAGGCAAUGCUCGAGUUGAUUUUGAGAUGUGAUAUAAUCCAGGGUGAAGAUGAUCAUGAUCGGGGUUAAGGUUAAGGUUAACUGAUGACCAAACAAGAGUUAUCAGCGUAACCAAACAUCAACAUCCAAUAUUAAUGUUCCAUUCCAUAUAUGAUUCCCAUCCCAUCCUCCCACCGACUUUGUUUGGCUCAAUAAUAAUAUCUAAAAAAGGAACGGAGAAGAAUGAGAAUGAAACCACACAAAAAAAAAAAAAAAGUAUUGACUUUUUUUAUUUUCUUUUUUAUAUUUUUUUUUUCAUGCUCUAUCUUUGUCGCUUAAGUUAGAAUAUUAUUGCUAGAUUUUGUACCUGAAUCGAGAUGUAAAAAAAGUCAAAGAUAUGUACUGUCUGAUUGGUGAAAUUAGGGUUUUGUUUAUUUUUCACUUCGAAAAGCUGCUAGUGAUAUUGGAAGAAAAAGAAAAAAAAAAA